UGACUUUCGAGACAUGGCUGCGUUCCUACCUAGUCAAGGAUGCACCGGCAUGUACUGGCUGUCUCUGCCUAGGGGUGACUUUCUCAGCGAAGUUGAACACAAACCACGCACUUACGCACCUCUCGCGUGGAUUGUUUUGGUGCUGGGGCCUACUGUAGGUGCCGUUAACCGUUAACCGACCACAACACGCUGCAGAGCUAAGUGACAAUGGAGUCCAACGGCUACGCUCACACGGAGUCUCUGCUUGAGCCUCUGGCCCAUAUAAACCGAGAGCAACUGGCUACCAUGGCAGACGCAGCCAUUGCAGACCAGAACGAGUACAAUCCAUCGUCACCCUCCAGUCCCAAUCAAAAGAGGAAGCGCGGCGUCCCAGAUUCGUCCCCUGACCUACGACGUGCUAAGCGUGUCGCCCCAACAGCGGCCAUGUCAAGCACCCCAGAGACUGCUGCUUACGUUGAGUCGGCUGUCGAGGCCGCGCAGGCAGCUGCACAGGCGGCUGAUUUUUCAGCUCUCCAGCAGGCUACGGUUGAUCAUCACGAUCCCUCCGAUCACGCCAACGCAUCGAGUACUGCUGCCGCUGCUCUAGGAUCAAUGUACCCUACAAUUCAUGUCCCUCAGCCUACGGAGGAGACCUUCGCAGCACAGACCUCUGCAGAGAACGAGCACCACCAGGACUCGUCCUUUGGGCAUAACGACAUGCCGGACGGCCUUCCAGACAGCUCAUCUGUGGGCAAUCCCUCGCAGAAUGGCAUCCGCUCGACCCAGCCUGCAUACUUGGUCACUCCUAGUUCCAACCCUAAGCCAGCUGUAGGCUCGGAGGAGUGGCACAAGAUGCGAAAGGACAACCAUAAAGAAGUUGAGCGCCGCCGACGCGAAACCAUUAAUGAGGGCAUCAAUGAGCUUGCUAAAAUUGUGCCCGGGUGCGAAAAGAACAAGGGCUCGAUACUGCAACGAGCGGUGGUCUUCAUCACGCAACUCAAGCAGAACGAAGCGCAAAACAUCGAAAAGUGGACCCUGGAGAAGCUUCUCACCGAACAGGCCAUCCAGGAGCUUAGCGCCUCGAAUGACAAGCUCAAGCAGGAGUGCGAGAGGGCGUACCGGGAGCUCUCGAUAUGGAAGCAGGUGGCCCAGAACGCAGGUCUCCAGCCCCCGCAGACCAAGGACGAUCCCUCGUCUUAAUAGGCCAACAAAAGAUGCAUUGUAGGAUUCGAUGUCAUUUCUACUUGGUGUUCGUCCCUUUUAUACCCUCAACGACUUCUUUUCUGUUGCGGCAUCGUCUCUUCGGCAUCGGCCCCCGCCGUCCUAUUCAUCAACCCGCACGUCCUACACCAGCCGGCUUCAGUUGGUUAUGGCCGACGCAGAGAUGAAUAUGACCGUUUUUCUUCUAUGCCUUUUUUUUUCUCUCUGGAAUCAGCUUGGUGGAGAG